UAGAGUGUGUGAGUUUUUCCUGCCCUGCCCUCCCUCUGCCUCACUGCAGUUGUUCAUUAACAAAAGGAGACCAGCCUGUACUAAGGUGGACGAUUAAAGAACUCGGUCUUUACCAAGAGGAACAUAACAGCUGUUAUUUCUUUUCUUUUUGGUCUUCAAUCUCGAUAUUCUGAAUUUACUGAAAGUUUUGGGGGCCGGAUCUUACACAAAACUUCUCUUACCUGGAUUCUUGGCAUCGGAUCAGGAGAGCGACUUCUUUUUGGUUACUGCAGAGAUGUGCUGACUUCUGUUUUUGAACUUUUGUCAUCAGUGGGGAAGAUAUGUCGUGCUUCCAGCAUCCUGUUUACCUGAGCAGAGGUCUCUAUUUUUGCCAUCUAUACUAGAGCCAAAAAUUCAGAGGCAAAAAUGAAAGUCUCAGUGAUCAGGAUGUCCAGUUUACUUUACCUGGGCGUACUUAUGCUCGCCAUGGUCGCCAGUGACAUGAUUGAUGACUGUUUGAAUUCAAACCGUUCUUACUACAUGAAUAUUGUACUGCUGGAGGACAACACUUAUGAAUGGAGCAUGCCACUUGUGAAGGCGGCCGUGGAACAAGCUAUUCUAGCUGACAAGCAGGAGAACGAUAAGUAUGGUUUAGACUUCACUUUGACUGCUAACUUCAAUGGGUUCAACACCAACUUGUACAAGCGGCAGGGCUGCGGGAGCAGCACGUGCGAGGGGUUGACAAUACUCAAGAAACUAAACGCUAAUGGUGAAGUUGGAUGUGUCAUGCUGGGGCCUUCCUGCACAUAUGCCACCUAUCAGUUAGUAGAUGAAAACAUUGGUCUGCGUUUAACCAUUCCCAUCAUCUCUGCUGGAAGUUUUGGCCUCUCUUGUGACUACAAGCCUAAACUAACCCGAAUUCUGCCUCCAGCACGAAAGAUCUGUGACUUUUUCCUUCACUUUAUGAAUGAAACUCUGCCAUUCAAGGAGCCGUGGAGCCGAUUCUACGUCUAUAAGAAAACCAACAAUGCAUCUGAGGACUGCUUCUGGUAUAUCAACGCACUGACGGCACAAACUAACAAGUUUAUGCUGGGCACAAACACAGAGCCAAUUCAUGGAGAGGAGGGCCUGAAAAAAUUGUUCCAGUCUCCGAAAAGACACAGCAACAUUUUAAUCUUAUGUGGGAACACUGAUGAGAUGAUUUCAGUAAAGGAGCUGGUGGGCCAGAUUCCCAAAGACUUCCUGUUUAUUCUCAUAGAUGUGUACAACCCUGAUUAUUAUUUAAACACCACAUCUUCUGCGGGUAUGGAAAGUGUCUUAGUGGUCACUCUGCCGCAGAGAAACUACACCUCUAGCUCUUCAUUCAAUGAAACGAUAAAUGAUUAUGUGGCUGGAUAUCAUGAUGGGACUCUGCUGUUUGGUAAAGCACUCAGAGAGAGGAUGCUCAGCAUGCAAAAAUACAACGGGACCGACAAUGGCUCUCUGGGUGACAACCCAUUUGGAAACAUCUCAUUUUAUGGUAUGGGAGGACACUAUGUGCUUGAUGAAUAUGGGGACAGAGAUGUUAACUUCUCAAUCAUUUACACAUCAGCUAACACUGCCAAGUAUAAAACUCUGCUAUUGUUUGAUACAUCACUAAAUAAAACCAUCAAUUACACCCAAAACCCCACUCUGCCGUGGGCAGGAAACAAGCUGCCUCCUGACGAGCCAAAGAUGCCGGAUGAGUUUGACAUGCAGGAAAUCAUUGUGAUUGUUCUGAGUCUCAGCGUUGUGGUGGUGACGGGAGUCGCUCUUAUCUUCUACAGGCAGAACAGGAAAGAACGCUGUCUACAGAAGAAAUGGUCUCACAUCGAACCUCACCUGAUUGGCCCUCUGGAUGAGAAGGAAGUGUCUCUGAAGAUUGAUGAAGAUAAGAGGAAGGACAGUAUAUACUUCAGGCAGCGAGGCCGCUACGACAAGAAGCCUGUAAUCAUGAAAGAGCUGAAAACCACAGAGGGAGACUUCACCGAGGACCAGAGGAUUGAGCUCAACACUCUGCUGCGCAUUGACUACUACAAUCUGACCAAAUUUUAUGGCACAGUGAAGUUUGAAUAUGGUGUGUACGGUGUGUUUGAGCUGUGUCAGAGGGGCUCCCUCAGGUACAUUCUCAGUGACAGGAUCUCUUACCCAGAUGAAACAUUCAUGGAUAUGGAGUUUAAAAUAUCAGUCAUGUAUGACAUAGCAAAGGGCAUGUCAUAUCUCCACUCAAGCAAUAUUGCAGUCCACGGCCGCCUCAAGUCCUCCAACUGUGUUGUCGACAACCGUAUGGUGGUCAAGAUCACUGACUUUGGCUGCAACACCAUGCUAAAUACAGGAAAAGAUUUGUGGACCGCCCCGGAGCAUCUUCGUAAAUUUGGGGUGUCUCCAAAAGGCGAUGUCUACAGCUAUGCCAUCAUUGCCCAUGAGAUUGUUAUGAGACAAGCCCCUUUCUACACAGAGUACUGCACUGAUGUUAGAGAGAAGAUCUACAGAUUGCAGCAUCCUAUCGGGCACAAUGUCUUCAGACCUGACCUGAACUUUGAGGGUGUGUCAGACAGAGAGAUUGAGCUGUACACACUGAUAAAGAAUUGCUGGGAGGAAGACCCAGAACUGAGGCCAGAUUUUAAAAGAAUCGAGUUAACGCUUGGAAAUAUUUUCAGUAACCUCCAUAACCAAGCCACAGAGACGUACAUGGACAACCUGAUCCGUCGUCUGCAGAUGUACUCUAGGACUUUGGAGAAGCUCGUGGAGGAGAGAACGGCUUUGUACAAAGCUGAGAGGGACAGAGCGGAUCGCCUCAACUUUAUGCUUCUUCCUGGCCCAGUGGUGCGUUCCCUGAAGGAAACGGGGAGUGUGGAGCCAGAGCUGUUUGAGGAGGUCACCAUCUAUUUCAGUGAUAUUGUGGGAUUCACCACCCUCUGCUACUACAGCACCCCCAUGGAGGUGGUCGAUAUGCUCAACGAAAUCUACAAGAACUUUGACAGCAUUCUUGAUCACCAUGAUGUCUACAAGGUUGAAACAAUAGGAGAUGCUUACAUGGUUGCAUCCGGUUUGCCCAAACGUAACGGCAACAGGCAUGCAUUGGACAUUGCCCACAUGGCCCUGGACAUCCUAUCAUUUGUGGGGACGUUUGAGCUGGAGCACCUGCCUGGGAUUCCUCUAUGGAUCCGUAUUGGUGUACAUUCAGGACCAUGUGCAGCAGGAGUGGUGGGGAAGAAGAUGCCUCGCUACUGUCUCUUUGGAGAUACGGUUAACACGGCUUCACGGAUGGAGUCCACAGGCCUGCCUCUGAGAAUUCAUGUCAGCCAGUCUACCAUCAACAUCCUGCAGAGGACGGACUGCAAGUUUGAGUAUGAAAAACGAGGAGAGACGUAUCUGAAGGGUAAAGGAAAAAUGAUGACAUACUGGUUAACAGGCGUGACCGGGGGAAGUUACAACCUGCCGACGCCACCGAGCGCGGAGAACUUCCAGUCGCUUCAGAAGGAUCUGGCAGAGAUGAUCGUGUUAAGUCUGGAGAAGCGUGGAGGGGACAGCUUCAAAAAGAGGAAGACCCUGUCCACCAAAAUCCGCCGGAGGGAGACCAACAGCAGCGCGCAGAGCGACAGCCUGCCAGAGUACUUCCACCUAGCUGUCACUGAGAACCCGAGCACCUACCUGUGAUCAUAGAAGAGCUUUCAGCACAAGACGUAGACUUUGUACAAGUUUGUCAAGUUAGAUUCAGGACUGCUGGGUUUCUUUGGACAGCUUUGUUCAUUCAUCGGUUGGAGAGACAACGCCGCAGCAGCACGUCUCUUCAUCCCCAACAGCCUAACGCCUUGAGAUCAACUCGCCUUGCUGAUCCUUUAAAGAUGUUAAGUAGUUACUGUUGUGGCACAAAGAGCGGCAUAUUUAUAUACAAAUGUUUCUCCAUAAGCGAUCCAGAUAACGUGGACGAGGAUACCCAGUGCACUCUUCUUUACUUUGAGCCAUCCUUCUGUUUAUGUCUCAAUGUUGCCUGCAGGAAGCUCACUGAUUGAGCAACACGUGAUAAAGAAAAUAUAUAUUUAUCGUGUAAAUAUUUUUCUGCUUCAAAGACAGUGGAACUCUAUCCAAACAGUACUCAUCAAGACUAUUUUGCACUGUAAUGAUGCUACCUUUCCGUUUUCACAGCAUCAGAAAUAUUUGUGUUGAUUUUUAGUUUGUUUUAUUAAAACAUGUUUGAAAUACGA